ACGAAAAAUGGCUUCCGUAUCCAUAAGCUGUUCCUUCUUCACUCCACAAGCUCUAUCUCGUCCCAACAGGACGAAGAAGGAGCAGAAGAUCUUCGCUAAACCUAGCAAAGUCUCCAACCUUAGAAAAGCCAAUCUCCAACGCGAACUCGAGCUUAAAUCUCGUGGCGGUGAUAGACCCCCCGACGUAGGCGGUGAAGCCACUACUUACACGCGGCUUCCUCCCAGGGAAGACUUCUCAGAUGUCUCUCUCCUAUCUUCCUCUUAUCUGAAGUUCUCCGAGGAAGUGAAGUUGUCGGAGUCGAAUGUGGCAGGGGUCGAGGAAAAGGUUGAGACUUUGGUGGAGAACGAUGAAGAAGAGAGAGAGGGGAAGGAGUAUGAUGAUGAUGAUAUAUGGGGGAAUUACAGAAGAUUAGAUGUGUUUGAAGGAAGUUCUGAAUUGAUUGAUGAUGAUGAUGAAGUGUUUGAGUAUGGUGAAGAGGAUGUGGAGAGAGCUGGAUUGAAAGAUGGAGAGGCAAUCUGUUUCUCUGGUGAAAUGGAGGAGGAAGAGGAGGAGGAGGAGGAGGAGGAGGAGGAUAAGAUUGGGGUUAAGGAGAAAGGAGUUCCUGCAGUGAUGCGUUGUUUUGAUAGAGCGAAGAUAUUUGUGAAGGCGGGAGAUGGAGGGAACGGUGUUGUGGCGUUUAGGAGGGAAAAGUUUGUUCCUUUCGGAGGACCUUCGGGUGGAGACGGAGGGAGAGGAGGGAAUGUGUAUGUGGAAGUUGAUGGGUCGAUGAACUCCUUGUUGCCGUUUAGGAAGAGUGUGCAUUUCAGGGCGGGGCGUGGGGAGCAUGGGAGAGGGAAGAUGCAGAGUGGUGCUAAAGGGGUUGAUGUUGUGGUGAAAGUGGCUCCUGGGACGGUGGUUAGACAGGCUAAAGAGGUUGGGAGCGAGGAGGGGGAAGAGGGGGAGAAGGAGGAGAAGGAGGUGCUUCUGGAGUUGUUGCAUCCGGGACAGAGGGCGUUGUUGAUGCCUGGUGGGAGAGGUGGAAGAGGGAAUGCUUCGUUUAAGUCCGGGAUGAAUAAAGUUCCUAGGAUUGCUGAGAAUGGUGAAGAAGGUCCUGAAAUGUGGCUAGAUUUGGAACUGAAGCUGGUUGCAGACGUGGGGAUUGUGGGUGCUCCAAAUGCAGGGAAAAGCACAUUAUUGAGCGUGAUAAGUGCUGCGCAGCCUACCAUCGCAAACUACCCAUUCACCACAUUGCUUCCCAACCUCGGUGUGGUUUCAUUUGAUUACGACUCAACACUGGUGGUCGCAGAUCUUCCUGGCUUGCUUGAAGGAGCUCACAGAGGCUUCGGUUUAGGCCAUGAGUUUCUAAGGCACACUGAGAGAUGUUCAGCACUGGUACAUGUUGUAGAUGGUUCAGCUCCACAACCUGACCUUGAGUUUGAAGCCGUUCGUCUAGAACUUGAACUAUUUAGUCCUGAGAUCGCUGAGAAGCCUUACGUAGUGGCAUACAACAAAAUGGACCUCCCAGAUGCUUACGAGAAGUGGCCAAUGUUUAGGGAAACUCUUCGUGCCCGCGGGAUUGAACCUUUCUGUAUGAGUGCAGUACAAAGAGACGGCACACAUGAAGUGAUCUCCAGCGUUUAUGAACUACUGAAGAAGUACAGAGAAGCCAACGCAGAACCCAAAGGGUUGUACGAUCAAGCAAAUGAGAAUCUGGACCAUGUAGCUAAGAAGAUAGAUAAGGAAAGACGAGCAGCCAUUAAUGAGUUUGAGAUAUUCCGAGAUAGCGGUACAGGGGCUUGGCAUGUAGUUGGAGCCGGGCUUCAACGGUUUGUCCAGAUGACUAACUGGCGGUACAUGGAUUCAGAUAAAAGGUUUCAGCACGUGCUUGAGGCUUGUGGUGUGAACAAAACUCUGAAGAAUAUGGGCGUUAAAGAAGGCGAUAACGUGAUCAUAGGAGAGAUGGAGUUGGUGUGGCAUGACUCGGCCAAUGGCUCUAGUAGCCGUCCUACAAAUUCGAACAAGACUUCGACAGACUCAGUUAGAUGGCCUCAAUGGAAGUGAACCAUCUUACUUCUCUUGUGGAGUGUUUCUUGUACCAAACAGAAAAGUGAAUAUGAUUACUUUUGUGGUUCAAUGGAUUAGCCAACUGGUUGCACAUCAUUGAAUGAUUGAAUCUAUAUGUAUGUAUACAUUCAACUAAACUAGUGGGGGUUAUUGGUUUUCCUACUUAAAUUGAUUUAAAUUUAUGUUAAAA